CUGGAAAACAGGUGUAGAUUAGGCAUGCAGGGAGUGACUUCAGGUCAGCUAGGGUUCUUGUGAUGGAUGUGAAGCACCAGUGCCAAGUGAUGCAAGGUGUAAUAAGAUUGGGCAAGAAGGGUGCUGUGUUUGGGUUGGUCAGAUCUCUGGAGAGAGGCAUGGGAACAUUAGCAAGAAUUUCGAGAAGGCUUCAUUAUAUUAGCAAGAAUUUCUUAUCUCCUCUGCAAGAAACCAGAAAGGAAGGAGUUUGUGUUGACAUCCAUGCAUCUUUAUCUACAACGAGCAGGAGAUUUGAUACUUCUUCGGAAAAUGAUGAAACAGGAAAGCAGACCAGUCUCAGUAUUAAGAAGACACCAGAAACACCAUUGCUUAAGCAAUUACAAGCACGGAUAAAAUUCUCAGGUCCAUUGACAGUAUAUGACUAUAUGAAAGAAGGGCUGAUAAACCCAUUAAGUGGAUAUUAUGCAGCUGGCCAAGAUAUGUUUGGCAGUAAGGGAGAUUAUACUACAUCACCUGAAAUAUCUCAGAUGUUUGGUGAGAUGAUUGGAGUGUGGAUAUAUAAUGAAUGGUACAAGUUGGGAUCUCUAAAGCCACUACAGCUGGUGGAAUUUGGACCAGGCCGAGGGACUCUAAUGCAGGAUAUACUUCGGGUUUUAGGACAAUUGGGUGUAAAAGGCAGAGAUCUAAGCAUACACUUUGUGGAAGUAUCACCUGAACUUAGUCAAAACCAAGAAGAAAGAUUAUGUGGAUCAUCCCAGCCUUACACUGAAACAAAUGAUGAAGGGGAUUUCUACAAGAAGAACACAACUACUGGUGGCUCCCCUAUCUUCUGGUACAGACACCUCAGCUCUGUCCCAAAACGCUUUUCGAUAUUUCUUGCACAUGAAUUCUUUGACGUUUUGCCAGUCCACAUAUUACGCAGGACCAAGGAUGGAUGGCGAGAGCUCCUUGUUGAUGUAGAUGAAGGUGAUGGCCCGCAUCACUUGCGCUAUGUGUUGUCCAGAUCUGAGACUCCUGCUUCAAAACUCUUUGUUGAGCCUGAAGAAACUCGGGAUGAAGUUGAAGUUUGUCCGGAUGCAGCAGUUUUGUGCAAGGAUGUUGCCAAGAGGAUAGAAGACAAUGGUGGAUUGGCUCUCAUCAUGGACUAUGGGCAUGAUGGAAAGCUCACAGAUACGUUCAGGGCAUUCAAAAACCACAAGCAGCAUCACCCUCUCAGCGAGCCUGGCACAGCAGACCUGACAGCUGACGUUGAUUUUGCCUACCUCAAGAAGCAGGUGCAAGAAGACCUGAUCACAUAUGGCCCUGUGACCCAGUCCUUCUUCCUGCAGAACAUGGGUAUUGAGUUUCGAUUGGCGAAUUUAUUAAAGAAUUCAAAGCCUGAAGAACAGAAGAAUCUGAUCUCAGGAUACAAGAUGCUAACAGACCGACAUCAAAUGGGCGAAAGGUUUAAAUUCCUUGCUUUCUUCCCUGGUGUUGUGAAGGACUUUCUGUUAAAAUAUCCACCAGCUGGUUUCUAUAGAGAUUUUGAUGAAAGAUAAACAAAAUUUGCCUUUUCUCUUUUUUCCAAGUGAAGCAAGGGGUAGAUAUGUAUAUAUGAGGUGAAUAAAUUUCUUUUGGAAUGAC